CGCAGCUCCAGCUCCUUUGGCUCUGUGGGACCGCGGCGCGCGGUGCUUCGCUCUCCCGUCUCAGAGCGCCGGCCUGGGCGCCCGCCGCCAGCAUGGACGCUCGCCGCGUGCCGCAAAAGGAUCACGGAGUAAAGAAGAACGUAAAGAAAUUUAGAUAUGUGAAGUUGAUUUCCAUGGAAACGUCGUCAUCCUCUGAUGACAGUUGUGACAGCUUUGCCUCUGAUAAUUUUGCAAACACGAAACCUAAAUUCAGGUCAGAUAUCAGUGAAGAACUGGCAAAUGUUUUUUAUGAGGACUCUGAUAAUGAAUCUUUCUGCGGCUUUUCAGAAAGUGAGGUGCAAGAUGUGUUAGACCAUUGUGGAUUUUUACAGAAAUCAAGGCCAGAUGUCACUAAAGAACUGGCCAGUAUUUUUCAUGCCGACUCUGACGAUGAAUCAUUUUGCGGUUUCUCAGAGAGUGAGAUACAAGAUGGAAUGAGACUGCAGUCAGACCACACUGGCUACAGGACUCGCAGCCAGUGCCGAGGGUCCGGACCCCUCCGGGUGGCCAUGAAGUUUCCAACCCAAAAAACCAGGGGAGCCGCCAGCAAAAGAGCAGUGCCCCCCCAGCCCCCUGAGAAUACUGUGACCGAUUCCAGUUCUGAUUCAGAAGAUGAAAAUGGAAUGAAUUUUUUGGAGAAAAGAGCUUUAAAUAUAAAGCAAAACAAAGCAAUGCUUGCAAAACUAAUGUCAGAAUUAGAAAGCUUCCCUGGCUCAUUCCCUGGAAGGCGUUCCCUACCAGGCCCCGGUACACAGUCAAAGACACCCCGAAGGCGUACAUUCCCAGGUGUAGCUUCCAGGAGAAACCCUGAACGAAGAGCUCGUCCUCUUACCAGGUCAAGGUCCCGGAUCCUUGGGUCCCUUAGUGCUCUACCCACAGAGGAGGAGGAGGAAGAGGAGGAGGAUAAGUACAUGCUGGUGAGAAAGAGGAAGACCAUGGACAACUACGUGAAUGAAGAUGACAUGCCCAGAAGUCGUCGUGCCGGAUCCAUGACCCUUCCACAUAUAAUUCGCCCUGUGGAAGAAAUUACAGAGGAAGAGCUGGAGAACAUCUGCAACAACUCUCGAGAGAAGAUCUAUAACCGCUCAUUGGGAUCUACUUGCCAUCAAUGCCGCCAGAAAACUAUUGAUACCAAAACAAACUGCAGAAACCCAGAGUGCUGGGGUGUUCGAGGCCAGUUCUGUGGUCCCUGCCUUCGAAACCGUUACGGUGAAGAGGUCAAGGAUGCUCUGCUGGAUCCAAAUUGGCAUUGCCCGCCUUGCCGCAGGAUCUGCAACUGUAGUUUCUGCCGGCAGCGAGAUGGGCGGUGUGCGACUGGGGUCCUUGUGUAUUUAGCCAAAUACCAUGGCUUUGGGAAUGUGCAUGCUUACUUGAAAAGGUAA